AUGCCACCUGAACACGAGCUCUACUACGGCUUCACUCGGUUUGCGAUGGAACUGAACGAGUUAGAGCCAGGCAUGAGGGAUGCUCUACCGCAUACUGACACCAGACUCAGGCCGGAUCAGCGCGCUUUAGAGGAAGGUGAUGUGGAAGCAGCAGAACAGCUGAAGCAUCAGCUGGAGCAGGAGCAGAGGGACCGGCGGAGGGACAAUGCGCACCACGUCCCGGCGUGGUUUCGUAAAACGUUGGAGAACGGCGAGGAGAUGUGGGUGUUCAGCGGCGAGUACUGGAAGGCGCGCGAGGCGGGCUUCUGCGACAACCUCGCCCCCGCCAUAUGAGUGAACGUAAAGAACGUUCGCAGGAUGUCCAACGCCUCCGUGAGCAUCAAGUUCCGCUGGGGGCUUUCGCCUUCGGACCCUGAGCAACAGCCAGUGCUCAUCGUCGGUCAAGCCAGCCAUAUUGCUUCUCUGACUUGGGACGAUGUCAGAUGUAAAUUAGAGCCUCGAGUUACUGAAGAGGCAUGGCGACGAGGGAUCCAAUGUGUAACUUCGUCUCCCGGCGAUUCAUGCGAGCUGUGGCCUCGGGCCGCGUCGCUGGCCACACUGCCGGCGCGCCGCAGUCGGCACGCGGCGCCGGCUCGCUCGCAUGCACUCGCCAAGAUAGUGAGGGCCACUCAACGGUCAAGUGAUGAGACUAUUGUGCUGGUGUGCCGCAAGCGCGACGCGCUGGCGAGCGCGGCCAGCAUCGGGCGCUCGUACCCGCUGUACCACGCGCGCUCGCCCGCCGCGCCGCUGGGCGCGCCCGCCGCCCCGCCCGCGCCGCCCGCGCGCGCGCUCACCGUCGAGAUACACCUCGUGCACGAGAAACUACUAGGUGAUGCAGAAUCAGAAGAAGAGGGAAUCGGUACUUUGGACCCCGCAUUGUGUGACAAUGCUCUUUCGGCUGAGGAGUUGAGCACUCUUCAGGACGUGGCGGAGGCGACCAGACUCGCUGCGAGGAUCACCGACACGCCAGCUAACAUUAUGAAUGUAGACAGUUUUAUCGAGGAAGCAUUCAAGCUAUCCAAAGAUUUAGAUAUAAGCGCGCCGACGGUGAUCCGCGGCGAGGAGCUGAAGGCGAAGGGCAUGGGCGGGCUGUACGGCGUGGGACGUGCCGCGGCCUGCCCGCCCGCGCUCGUGGUGCUGUCGUGGCAGCCGCCCGGCGCCACCGACACCGUGGCCUGGGUCGGCAAGGGCAUCGUCUACGACACCGGCGGCCUCAGCAUCAAGGCCAGGACGUCGAUGGUGGGCAUGAAGGGUGACUGCGGCGGUGCGGCGGCGGUGCUGGGCGCGUUCGCCGUGGCCGUGAAGGCGCGCCCCUCCGUCAACCUGCACGCCGUGCUCUGCCUCGCAGAGAACGCCGUGGGACCAAACGCUACCAGGCCCGAUGAUAUCCACCAGCUGUAUUCAGGACGCACUGUCGAGAUCAACAACACAGAUGCUGAAGGUCGUCUGGUGUUGAGUGAUGGUGUGGUGUACGCGUCGAGAGAUCUGAAAGCUGAUACAAUUGUGGAUGUUGCAACUUUAACUGGUGCACAGGGCACGGCGACGGGCAAGUACCACGCCGCGAUCGUGUCCAACGACAGCGCGCUGGAGGCGCAGUGCGUGGGCGCGGGGCUGGUGUCGGGCGACCUGGCGCACCCGCUGCCCUUCGCGCCGGAGCUGCACUUCACCGAGUUCACCAGCUGCGUCGCCGACAUGAAGAACAGCGUCGCGCAGGACCGCAACAACGCGCAGCCGUCAUGCGCGGGACUGUUCAUCCUAGCGCACCUCGGGUUCGACUUCCCCGGCAAGUGGCUGCACGUCGACAUGGCUGCUCCUGCGCAUUGCGGCGAGCGCGCCACGGGCUACGGCGUGGCGCUGCUGAGCGUGCUGUUCGGGGCCCACACGCGCUCCAAGCUGCUGCGGGCACUGGCGCCCGCCCACAAGUAG